AUGAACCCUCGCACUCCGCUCGUUGGCAUUCCACCGUCUUCCUCAACGGCUUUUUAUCUAGUCUUCAGGUCGGCAUCUUCAGGUAUGGGGUCCUCCCUUUAUUUCCAAUUCGGGGGGUCCUCCCUCCCAAGUUUCUUUCAGAACGGCACAAUUAUCUUCCGAGAACCGCCUGAUUUUGUCGAGAUAGCGACUGUCAUUCUUGGUGUCUUUGGUCUCCACCGAUUUCGCAAGACUGGAAGGUUUAGAAAGGAGAAAGCAGGAGGUAACCCAGACAGAGGAAAGAUAUCGUUUUCUAAUCCCGUGGAGACUUACUCAGCUCUAAUCGCUGCUGAACUGGUCAGUUUUUAUCUUAGCUUGCUUUCCUUACCCAAUCAUGCAAAAAAAUCUGUCUGCUGA